AUGGCAGCGCCCCGGCCCUCGGCCUGCCCUUCCAGGAGCCGCUGGCAGCUGCUGGUUCUUGUUGUGAUAGCACUAACUUUCACUUCUGCAAUGAAUCAAAAUAUAUCUGAGAUUGCAUGUGUAUUUAUCAGCCAGAAGAAUGAAGGUUCAAGAACACCAAAGACAUCAUUAUCUCCUAAGAUUUCUAAAAUUUCAGAAGAUCUUGGUUGUUAUUUGAGUUCUCAAGGAACAGAGAACAUCUAUGAACCAAUUAAAAAUGUGGAAGUCAAUGUGUUUGAAGAUAUUGAAUUGAAAGUGAUAAUGAACAUUUCAAGGAUUAUUUCAUGCCUUUGGUGGUUUAAAGAGAAACAAACUUGUAAACCCUCACUGGACUCGGAGAACCGGUAUGUUACAUCCUUGGCUUUUUCCCAAAUAAGAGAAACACAGGCUGGAAAGCACACUCUCUCAGUCAUAAGCGAAAACAGUAAUUACACAGUGAUAUUUACUGUUCUUGUCCGAAAGAAACCAGGGAAACCCUAUUUCAGGAAAAGCGAAAAACUAGAUACUAUACAGUGCAUAUCGGAGAGCUACCCCCAGCCAUCUUUGGAGUGGAUAUUUUGCAAAACACCUGAAGAGAGUUGCCCUAACAAAAUGCGUGAAGAAACUGGGGAAACACAUGGCAUACAGAAGGUACAACAUGGAUUACAGGAAGAUAAAUUAUUUCAUACAUACAUAUGGUGCUGUGCAGCUAAUGAGCUGGGCAGAGAAUGCACCAGCCUGUUUACAAUAGAUUUAAGUGAAAGACAUGCAGCGCCUUUACCUUUACUUCUCAAAGCUGGAGAACCAUUGCUCAUCAGAUGCAGAGCUGUUUAUCAUAACUAUAAAUUCAGAAUUAAUUUUUCUUUUGAAAACAAAAAACUACAGCAGGAUCGGUAUUUUGAAGGAUUAGACUAUCAAAUAGAUUACUCAGCCAUUCGGAUCCAGUAUGUAUUUGCUUCAGCAGCAGGAAGAAACGACAGUGGACACUACACCUGUUCUUCUACAGCACAUCCAAGUCAAACUGCUCUGAUUACAGUCCUAGAAAGGGGGUUUAUAAACAUAACUGACUCUAGAGAGGAUUUUGAAAUCGGUGAAGAAGAGUUUUGCUUUGAGGUUCAUCUUACGGCGUAUCCAGCCGUUAGGUGCAUGUGGAUAUAUUCCCAAAAAAAGUUUCCAUGUGAGCAAAGUGUGGAGGGACUCAGUAUUUCUUCAAAGUUCUGCAACCAUCAGCAUCAGCCUGGGGUAUAUGUAUUUUAUGCAGAAAAUGAUGAUACAGUCAUGACGAAAAAAUUCACUUUGUAUGUGAGAAGGAAACCUAAAGUCACCAUGCAGUUAGCAUACAAGCAGAUCUCCUGCAUUUCUGAUAGUUACCCUGCCCCAUCCUGGAUUUGGAGGAACUGUCCUGAACUGAAUUCAUCUAACUGUACAGAAGAAAUUACUGAGGGGAUUCAGAACUUCUUGCCAGAGAGGAGAUCCCUGGGGUCAUGGAUUUCAAGCAGUACUUUAGAUAUAAAGGAGACAGCAACAACCUUCUCUGUUGAGUGCUGUGCAAACAAUUCUGCUGGUUCAACCUGUGAAAAGAGUUUCAUUAACCUGUCAGUUGCAGGAGCAGUUUCUUCCCCCCUGGAUAAUGCUGCAUUCUACGCCACUGCUGGAUUUUUCCUCUUAUUUGUUGCCUUUUUGCUUUUACUCAUUUUUCAAAAAUACAAAAAGCAAUUCAGAUAUGAAACCCAGUUGCAAAUGAUACAGAUGAUAGGCCCAUCGGAUAAUGAGUACAUCUAUAUUGACUUCAGUGAAUUUGAGUAUGAUCUCAAAUGGGAAUUUCCCAGAGAAAAUCUGGAAUUUGGGCAGGUCCUUGGCUCUGGGGCUUUCGGGAAAGUGGUGAAUGCAACAGCUUAUGGAAUUAGCAAGGCAGGAGACUCGGUCCAAGUUGCAGUCAAAAUGCUGAAAGAAAAAUCUGACACUUCAGAAAAAGAAGCUCUAAUGUCUGAACUGAAAAUGAUGACUCACAUUGGAAGCCAUGAAAACAUUGUGAACCUCCUAGGAGCUUGCACUGUAUCAGGACCAAUCUACUUGAUAUUUGAAUACUGUUGCUAUGGUGACCUUCUGAACUACUUGCGGAGCAAGAGAGAAAAAUUUCAUUGGACACUCACAGAUAUCUUUAAACAACACAACUUCAGCUUUUACCACAAUACCCAUUUGGAUCAAAAUUCCAGAAAGGGAACCCCAGUAAAAUAUAGUGUGAAUAUGACUCUGUGCAGAGAGGAUGACUUUGAAAACACACAACCAAGUCAAAACAUAAAUGUGGUUUCCGGAUCAAAUGGGGUUGUGCUGUGUUCUGAGGAAGAUGAAAUUAAACAUGCAGACAGACAGAUGGAUGAAGAAGAGGAUUUUAAUGUGCUCACCUUUGAAGACCUUCUUUGCUUCUCAUAUCAAGUUGCCAAAGGAAUGGAGUUUCUUGAGUCCAAAUUGUGUAUUCACAGAGACCUUGCUGCCCGGAAUGUAUUAGUGACCCAUGGAAAAGUAGUGAAAAUAUGUGACUUUGGCCUUGCCAGAGAUGUAAUGAAUGAUUCCAACUACAUUGUCAGGGGCAAUGCUCGCUUACCCGUUAAAUGGAUGGCUCCUGAAAGCUUAUUUGAAAUGACGUUCACAAUGAAGAGUGAUGUCUGGUCCUAUGGGAUAUUGCUAUGGGAAAUAUUCUCUCUGGGUGUAAAUCCCUAUCCUGGUAUUCAGGUCGAUACCAACUUCUACAAAUUAAUUCAAAGUGGAUUUAAAAUGGACCAACCAUAUUAUGCUACAAAAGAUGUCUAUUAUAUAAUGAAGUCCUGCUGGGACCUUGAUUCCAAGAGAAGACCCUCUUUUUCUUGUCUGGUUUCCUCUCUUGCCUGUCAGCUGGCUGAGGCAGAAGGAGCAGCUUACCAAAAUAUGGAGAAAAGUGGUUCUACACAGAGUUCCAGUUACAAGAAUAAACCGCAUGUAAGCAAGGAUGAGGAAUCUCCCCAGUCUACCGUUCUGCCAUCAAAUGAAGACUCUCAGGUUGAACAAUAA